AUUUUGGCGCAGAAAUUAUUAAUAUGAAUAGCUCGCUACACAUUAGACGGAAGGAAAUCCCAAGUUACAGAGUUGAAGGGUCGAUUAAUUUGCCACCUUUACCAACUUGUCGACCCGUCGUCCUAUGGCUCUGGCUAAGCCGGACACUAGUGCUCCUGGUCCCUCUGUUUUCUUGAGUUUCUGUGGGAAAGAAGUUAGAAAUAAUUUUGUUGAUCCCUUAUACUCUGCGUUGCGUAGAGAAGAUAUUGCAACUUUCAGGGAUGAGGAUGAUGAAGAUCUUGCGAUGGGAAAACUUACUUCGGAUCAAAGCUACAAAGCUACUGCGCAAUCCCAGAUUGCCAUUGUUGUGCUCUCUGAAGGUUAUUUUUCUUCCGAGCGGUGUUUGCAGAUAUUAGUGACCCUCAUAGAUUCAAGAGACGAACAGGGUCAAGUAAUAGUUCCGGUUUUUUAUGACGUAUAUGCAUCAGACGUACGAUGUCAGAGAGGAAGCAUAGAGGCAGCUUUUGAGAAACAUCAAUUUAGAUUUUCAAUUGAUACAGUUCGAAGAUGGAGAGAAGCCUCAACUACGAUUGCUAAUUUGUUUGGUUGGCAUACAGCAUAUACGUAAGUUUUCAUUUCUUAGAUCUUAUUUUGCUUUUCUAUCCCAACAAUUUUGACACUUAUAAUUAUGGAAUUUUGUAUGCGUGUGAUUUUCUAUUCAAACUUCCGAAUACUGACGAUUGUUAUAACUUAACUGAUAAUGAAGAUGUCACGAACUGCUCUGACUACAAUAAAACACGUAUGAAAUGGAAGAGGGAGGAGUUGGACCUUCAAAAGGAAAGGAAAAGAAUUUUUCACAAAAAUAUCUAAGGAAA